AUGAGCGAGGCGACCUUCGUAGCAGACCAGCGGCGACCUGUAGAAGACUUCAUCGCUUUGACAGGUCUUAAGCCGAAAUAUGCGAAUGGAUGUUUCGAACGCUUUGGUGGCUAUGCGCCGGCGUUGGCUUCGUUUGCUCAAUCCUAUGCGAAGUUACCAAACGAAUACUUUGAUGAUGUCAGCAAGGUGGAACAAAACGCUGAGCUAAUUAACGCUGAGCUGAGGCUUAUUUACAGGCGGGCAAGAAAUAUAAAGCAUCAGUCUGGUGAUGAAGACGUAGGAGUCUGGGCCGCCUACUACGCGAAGCAAUCCCCCCCAGAGUCCAAGGCUCAGAGUGUCAAUGAUGUUAAGGCUGAUGCAACGCUCAAGCUGCUUCGAUCUGGCUUUAGCUUCACCGCCACCAAGGCCGCCACACCGUCAUCGGGCACGAUAAAGUUUGGGUUUGGUGCUCAAGCGGUGUCUUCUUCUUCUGAGGUCGCCCCCGUCUCUACCCCACUCAGUGUCUUUGCCCAGACAAAGACGACGGAAGAGAAGGUGAAGGAGACAAGUCGUGGAAGGAAAGUGACGUAUCACGAAGCCUUACACUUUACUGGGCCGCUUUUUGAUAUGCCUCUUUUUUGGGAAGAGGAAGUGAAAGGGCGAUGCCCCUUACUGAACCUUAACAAUGGAUUCCUUGAGGCAAACCGCGAUUUGCUGCGCGGCAGGCUAGAAAACUGGGUGAAGAAGGCUGGAUUCUUCCUGCAACCUGUCAAUUACGUCGAGAUUGAGGAUGACGAUGAAGAGACGACUCGUGUGAUUAUUAAGGAUGCAGACCGCACUUUUUUUCAUCCCGAACACCGCAAAAAGUUUGUUGCUUUUCUUUCAGCUAUGCAUAAUGAAUUCAACGCAUAUGGACAGGCGAUGAGUUACUUAGCUGGGCUUUGUUUGCUUGUUUUGAGUGAGGAGGAAACAGCUGCCGUCCUCCGAUACGUAACAAAGGAACAUAUUCCAGGCCAUUGGGCGGCCGAGGCGGUAGGUUUUUCGACCACAGCCUGGGUUGUGGAAGGCUUCAUGCAGCGCAUGUUUCCUGAUGUGGCGGAGCACCUUGAGACCUUGAAGCUGUGGCCGGAUACUUAUCUUCAGAAGAUCCUUACCGGUCUUUGCAUUCACGUUCUAGAAUUCAAGGAACUGUUUGUGUUCCUUGACCUUUUUAUGGAGGGUGGCGUGAAGUUUCUCAUUAAAUAUUGUCUUGCGAUCGUGGAGCACUUCCGCAGCGAUCUUCUUCGUGUAAAAUCCGCGGAAAACGCAGGUGACGUAUAUGCAAUCAUGCGACUUGACGCCAAGGUUGUUGAUUCUCACGAUGUCAGGGGCAUUUUGCAGCGGGCGCCGUUAAUCGAUCUUGGUCCGGAGGGGGAAACUAUUGACGUCCUACGCAUGGAAGCCUACGAUAGGCAUGUUGCUCCUCGGCUGCAGCGAGCUCCGAAGACGGAGGCGUUUGAGCCUUGUGAUGUAUGUAACGAGCGGAAGCCGGUGUGGUGGAACGACGAGCUUGGGGCGGUGUGCACUGAAUGUAAGGAUGGAGCUCCGGAAUUGGCUUACAUCAAAUACUAA